AUGUGCAGACUAGAGCCAUUUCUGAAGAGUUCCCUGGCGGUCCUCCUUUUCCUGGGCCUGGCAGAGGCCUGCAUUCCUCGUGAAGUCAAAAUGGAAGAGAAAAUCAAACUGCUGAAAGGAAUCUUGGGGUUAAUGAACAGACUGUCCCCAGAUGAUUUCAGAAAAAACAUCAUAUCCUCCUCCAAGACGCCUCCCCUGGUAACCACUCCAGACAGGACAGAAGAAGAAAGUAAGUACUAUGAAAGCAUCUUAGGUCUGCUGAGCCUCCAAGUCCUGAAUGAAGAAACAAGUAACUGCCAAGAAGAAGUGAAGCCUUCUCCUGCCACCACCACUGCCAGGACACUUGUGAGGAGCAGUGGAUGGAACUUUCUGAGGUGUGCCUACAUGGUGAUGACGUUCUUGUUCGUGUCCUACAAUAAAGGAGACUGGUGUUACUGCCACUAUUGUAACCCAGACCUGGAUUUGAGAGACGACCCCUGCUGUUCUUUCCAGUGAAGCCACUGUGUUUCACGCAACCCACACAAGCCCUCCAUUCUCCCGAGCACUUCACAUCCC